AUGGCCUGUCCGAAUUGCUCGAAGAUGUACAAGAACGCGGAGAGUCUGAGGUGUCAUCUGGGCAAGGAUUGCGGCAAGAGGAACCGAUUCAGCUGCGACGUUUGCGAGUACUACUGCAGCAGACGCUUCGAAUUGGGCAAUCACAUGUCGCGCAAACAUUCGAUUGUCCUGCCCAGAAAACUGAAGAUCGUGUGCCUGCAAUGCAAUAGGAAGUACAAGAACCAGAACAGUCUUCGGGUGCACAUGUCCCUCGACUGUGGCAAGGAGAAACGGAUCACGUGUCCCAUUUGCAGGAAGUUCAAGACCAGCAGGAAAUUCCAGCUCGGCGUGCACAUGUUCCGCAAGAUCAGAUGUCCGCAAUGCGAAAAAGUGUACAAGAAUUUUGAAACGUUGAGGGCGCACAUGUCGUACGAUUGCGGUCGCAAAAAGAGAAAAUUCCGUUGCGCCGUCUGCGGGAACUGCGGCAAAGUGUACAAGAACAAGAAGAGCAGGAACAACCACGUCCGGUACGAGUGCGGCGUCGCACCGUCGUUCUUCUGUCCGUUCGUCGAUUGUCCUUACAAGGCCAAACGGAAGUUCUGUCUGCAGCAGCAUCUGCUUUUCAGACAUAAAAUCAAGAAACCCUCGAGUUAUACGUGUCCGAAGUGCGGAAAGAUGUACAGGCACAGCCAGAGCAGAUUCACGCACUUGAAGUUCGAGUGCGGCAAAGAUCCGCAAUUCUAUUGUACCGAGUACAACUUAUCAGGUUUUCCCUGUGACAAUUGUUACCGCAGUUACAAGCAUUUGCGAAGUUUGCAGAACCAUAGGAAAUUCGAAUGCGGAAAGAAGCCCAGAUACGGAUGCACCGUCAAAGGAUGGAAUUAUCCGUGCCCGAACUGCAGCAUCCCCUGCAUGGACAAAUCGACGCAGAUGAGGCACGUGCGAUUCGAGUGCGAGCUGGGCAGGAGCUUCCCAUGCCCGUACAGAAACUGCACGUACAAGGCCAAGCUCAAGCAUCAUCUGGCUUACCACAUGUCCUCGUCGAAGCACAGAAUUUACAACACCAACGUAAAUUAG